ACGAAGCAAGAAUGAUCCAAGCACUUCUAGUAAUCGUUUUAUAGUCAUCACUAGAAUGUCUAGUCAGGAUUGGUGGCUGAUACUUCUAGUUCUAACAUUGAACAGUUUUUGUCAAGGGAACCAAGUUCUAGACGUUACCCAUGACGUUUCCACCAGUGAUGUUAAGGAAGUUGAUAGAGCAUCGCUAACUGUCCCUGGAACUAAGUGGUGUGGUCCUGGAAACACAGCUAGUGGCCCCAAUGACCUUGGGGUGUACAUGGAGACGGACAAAUGCUGCCGGGCCCAUGACAAUUGUGAUAAUAUUCCCAGUGGAGAAUCGAAACAUGGACUCACUAAUAAUGAUCCUUUCACUGUGUUACAUUGUGACUGCGAUAAAGCAUUCUAUGAUUGCCUAAUGGCAAGUAAAGAUAAAGUUGCUCCCGUAAUUGGAGAAAAUUACUUCCUUUUACGAUCGCGCUGCUACAGGGAAGAUUAUCCAAUCAAGGAGUGCCAGGAGUACGAAAAGCUUGAAACUUUCCGCAGCCUCAUUUUCCGAAGAUGUGUAAAAUACGAAGUGGAUAACUCCGGGUCGAAGCAAUACCAGUGGUUCAAUUUACCAUUUUAUAGCGAUAAGCCAUUCCCGAAUUACACCAGCCGUAGGAGGUUCGCAGGAGAUAUGAAUACUAUUGAUGAUUCACCAGCAAACGAGGAUUGAGAUCUAAAUAAAAUGAAAUUUAAGAAUUUUC